AUGAACCUCCUCAUGUGUGUUUUCUCCCCUGGGAAAGGAGGCUUUGGGUCAAUGCUUAGGGCUCUUGGGGCACAAAUUGAGAAGACCACAAACCGCGAAGCCUGCAGGGACCUAAGCGGAAGGAGACUAAGAGAUGUCAACCAUGAGAAAGAGAUGGCAGAGUGGCUUAAGAAGCAGAGCAGACCGCGAGGCAGAGAAAGAGCAAAGCGUCUGGAGAGACUGCAGAGGAAGCUGGCCGAGCCCAAGCAUCACUUUACAGACCCAGAGUACGAGCAGCAGUGCCACGACCUCUCAGAACGCCUGGAGGACUCGGUUUUAAAAGGCACAAAUUUCAAAUAGAUAUUUAGAAUGAAAUGGUAGAAUAGUAUGAUUAUUGUCCAUUUGUAAGAAUGGUAAUGUUUGUUUUCACCCA